UUUACUUGUCGCAAGCGAGACCACCCUGCCCUAGCACCCGGAUUACAAACCCACCGGCGAGCGGCGAAAUCGGAGGCGACUCGCCGAGGGUUCCCGGUCCUCCGCUCUCUCGCCGGCUCCUCUACCGCGGCCGCAACUCGCCGGCGGCGGCCGGCGGGACGCUGAGGUCCAGCGCCCCCCUCCCCCCGGAAGCCUCUUCGGUCUCCUUCGCUAAUCGGGAGGCGUCGACCCCGCCGCGGCUCCCCGCCCCGCGCCCGCCGCCGAACUCUACUAGCGCUGGGCUGGCGCGGAUUGGAGCGGAGAUCGGCUCCGUGCCAUGUUGGUGAAGAUGCAUUACGUGUAGAUCAAGCUCCAAUCUGAUGGAUUCUGAUGAAAAGAAGUUUGGAAAAGGGCCUAGGGAGCUUUCUGGUGCUGUUGAUUUAAUCAACCACUACAAACUGCUCCCGCACCAUGAUUUCUUUUGCAAGAAACCUUUGCCACUGGCAAUCUCAGAUACACAUUAUCUUCAUAAUGUCGUGGGAGACACUGAAAUUCGCAAAGGAGAAGGAAUGGAGCUGGAUCAACUUGUUCAGAAUGCAUCUACGAGGAAUAAGCCUGCUUUUAUUCAGCCCUUUGAUAUGGAAAUACUGGGGCAAGCAUUCCAGCUUCGAGAAACAGCUCCAGUAGAUUUGCCCUCUGCUGAAAAGGGUAUACCUACUAUUUCUGGUAAGCCAAAAAGUGAGUCCAAGGACAAAGAGAAGAAACAUAAAAAACACAAAGACAAAGACAGGGAUAAAGAUAAGGAGCAUAAGAAGCAUAAACAUCGGCAUAAAGACCGGAGUAAGGAUAAAGAUAAAGACAAGGACAAAGAUAAGAAAAAGGAUAAAAGUGGGCAUCAUGAUUCUGGCGGCGAUCAUUCAAAGAAGCAUCAUGAUAAGAAGAGGAAGCAUGAGGGAAUGGAGGACUCGGCGGAUGUGCAUAAGCACAAGAAGAGUAAGCACAAGAGUUCCAAAACCGAUGAAAUGGGGAAUGGACUUAGUUAACUACACUUCCUAGUUCUAGUCUUCAAUCCUUGUAACUUGCUGUUAAAAGGAAACUCCGAUGGUUUCUGUCAUCAAAACUCUGCAGAAUGGUGGGAUAUUUGGCUUGCAUAGGUUGUCUUACUUUGGUUGCUCUAUUGUCCACCGGUGAAAACACGAAGAUGCAAAUGUUUCAGUAAGAGGUGCAUUGUUUGGUUGUGCUUUUAAGCCAAUCAGGCUAUAUUUAUAUUCAUUUAAGCUUAACUGAAGCAUAGACCAACACUUGGUGACUUUAUUUGUCCAUGAGGUGGAUAAGACUUCCCUUUUGUUUGGUACCCCUAAGAUCCUAACAUUAGUCUCAUUUGAUUCUUACCUGCCUGCACCUCUGGAGCAUCCGAAUAUGCAAUGGCAAACAGUUACUCAGAUUCUACACGGGCACUUAAUUUUAACUGUUAUUUCCCCCCUUUGUGCUCACUUGCUAAGAUGAGAGUUAAAUCUUAUAUGUUCCUUCAGAGACCAAAAGAGACAUGAAUUGAUAUGGAGCAUAAUAAUAUAUUAAUGAAAAUACUUGCAGGCUUACAGUGCACUUGUUUAGCAUCAUAGAAAAAAGGCAUGUCAAUCUCAAGUCUUCCAUAAUUAGCACUUUCACAAAAAUAUGGUAAAUCAUUGUAUUUUGAAGAAUCUGCCUAACUUUUAUGCUUGUUUGCAUGGUGUAGGUAUCAUUACCAUGAACUGAACCUGUUUGAUGAGAACACCAUAAUUGAGGUCGUCUUGCAGCAUCCAUUCUGAUGAAAGUUGUAUUUGUUAAUACUAAUAGGGGACUAAUCCAUUGUACCAUUGCGACUUUAUGUUCCUCCCUGAAGAAUAACUGGUUGUAGGAACACUUGAAAGGACUUGCAACAAGAUUGUUUCGAUUACUAGGGCCAGUGCACCCUUCCAAAAUAGGCUUCUAAUUGAACUCGUGAUGUAGCAUGAGUACAUUGAGUAGUAGUAGUGGACAGAUAUAGAAUGUGCAGCCUAGAGAUGUAGCUGAGAGCAGGGAAUCAAAGCAUAUUUGUGUUUCUUGUGCCAAUCUUGAUUCAUAGAGUGGGAUGAUUUGUUGUUUAAUCAGUAGCUAAAUGCUGGUCGUCAGUCCCAAGUUUAUCGUAUGUGGCAAGUGUGUUUCCUUGUGAAACUGUGGCUGAUCCAUAUGGAUGGAAGGAGUGGGGUUAAAUGGGACCAGUGCUCCUUGUUUAACCAUGAAUACGGUUUCAUUGCUAAUGGAUGUAUUACAAA